AUUGCAAAUUUUAGUUAUUCUGUCAAUCUUCAAAAUGGAACAAAUGAUGGUCACAGAAGUGAUAUAGCACUACAUUUGAGUCCUGUGUUUUCUCCUCCACCUAGAAUUGUACGAAAUUCUUUAGAAAAUCAGAAUUGGGGUCCUGAAGAGAGUCAUGGAUCUAGCUUCCCAUUUUCACGUGGGCAAGGAUUUGAAAUUUUAAUAUUAGUUGAAGUUGAUCAUUUUAAGAUUGCUAUUGAUGGUCAGCAUUUUACAGAGUUUUAUUAUAGACUUCCUUUACAUAGCAUCUCUCAUAUAUCAGUUGAUGGUGAUGUGUCAGUAAAUUUCAUUAAAUUUGAAGGUGUUUCUAAAUCACCCAUGGAUUCUAGGCCAUGUGAAGGACUUUCAAAGCCUUUAGGUUUUGUUGUUGACUCGAGCAAUCAGCAGAAUCUUGCUGCAACGAAGGCAAAUCCAGAGAGCAACAAACAACAGAUCGCAAGGCAGAUGAAGAUUACAACUGAAGAGCAUCUAGGAUGGAGAAUAAAUAGCCAGUAGUCUCGUGGAUGGUACUAUGGCAGUCCACUGAGAACAGAGGUAACGU